AUGCAUAACUUCCAUACCAAGGAUCGUCGUUGGCUUCCAAGAUCAUUGUUGCCAUCCAAGAUCGACAUCGUAUUCCAGUCAUCUACAAGAUUGCGUUGUCGCUCCUUCUCCUUCGACAUCCUCUAUCGUCGUUCCUUCCCCUCCGACGUCCUCUUCUCCUCCGAAAUCCCUCUGAUGCCUUCAGCUCCUCUAUUCCUAAUGAUACCGCCGACCUAUACAAAGUUCCCGAUGAUACCGAGACCGCAAAUUGAUGAAGCUCUUGCAACCAAUGUUACUCAAGCACCCCGAGAAAGUCCAAAAACGAGGGAACUUUUCAAUGAAGAUUUCGAGUUCGAGAGUGAGGAGCAAGUGUUAGAAGAAGAUGAAUAUGACUUAGAUGGGGUUCAAAUAAUGGAAGUAUGUGGAGAAUAUUAG